AGCGCCGCCGUCGCCGACGAACUCUUCUCUUAAGCCAGCGUCCAGCCCCGGUGUCGCCGAUCCUCUUUUCCUAGAUCCCUUCUCCUCGCGUCGCUAGGUCUUCUUGGAGCUGCUGUUGGCGUUGCCGCCUCUGUCCUCAUCGUCGUCGGCCACCCUGAACUUGUGUCUCUGUCCUCGUCGUCGAGCCCUCUCUCUCGCGCACGCAUCAAGCCUCUGUCUUCGAUCCCCUCUCUGUCCGAGCUCACUUUCCUCCCUCCCUCGCCGUCACUUCUCUUCCUCCCUCGCAGCCAUUUAAACAGAGUUUUGUUAGAGAAUACGGAUUGUAGAGUGCAAAGAGAAAAGAAAAGCAUGAGAUUUUUUCAUAUUCUCGGAAUUUUCGUUUGCUAGGCUCGCCUCAAUCCCACUCUGCUAAUAUAUAGGCUAGCUUUUUAGUUGUGGCAAAAUAGAAGUAAGAAUAUGAGAGAGAUGGAUAUUAGCGGCGACCAAUCUGGCCAAGCUCAGAGCCAGGAGAGAGCCAUUUCAAAGAUCGUGAUCAUCAUUGCUAUGCAGUCCGAGGCGCUUCCUCUCGUCAAUAGGUUCCAGCUCACCGAGGAUCCUCACCCUCCGUGUGGGUUUCCACAAGGGGUGCCUUGGGUGCGUUAUCAUGGCUCAUACAAAGACCUUGACAUAAGCUUGUUUUGGCCUGGGAAAGAUCCUACUUUAGGGGUUGACAGUGUAGGCACAAUUUCCUCUGCUCUGGUAACAUAUGCUGCUAUUCAAGCACUAAAGCCAGAUUUGAUCAUAAAUGCAGGCACUGCUGGUGCCUUCAAGGCCAAAGGAGCUAGUGUUGGUGAUAUUUUCAUUAUAUCAGAUUGUGCUUUCCAUGACAGAAGAAUACCCAUACCUGUUUUCGAUCUGUAUGGAGUUGGUUCGCGUAAAGCCUUUGAGACACCGAACCUUGUAAAGGAACUCAACCUCCAGGUUGCCAAACUGUCCACGGGUGAUUCUUUAGACAUGACACAACAGGAUGAAUCAUCAAUCAUUUCAAAUGAUGCCACGGUUAAAGAUAUGGAGGGAGCAGCUGUUGCUUAUGUUGCUGACCUUCUGAAAGUUCCUGCAAUUUUUGUGAAAGCUGUGACUGAUAUUGUUGAUGGUGACAAACCAACUUCAGAAGAAUUCCUACAGAAUUUGUCUGCUGUAACUGCUGCACUUGACGUGGCUGUUGAAAAAGUGAUUACUUUUAUUAAUGGAAAGUCCCUCACCGAACUUUGACAACCUAAUAUCAUAUUUGGAUUUUAAUUUUUGUAAUAUCCAAUGAUCCGAUUGACGGACUUACCAUGUGCAAUACCAUUAUUGAUUGCUGAUGUGUGAGAUUUUAAGCAAAAAUAGAAUCUUUCUGAGAAAGAUAUUGUGGCCAUUACCUUCCCAGUGUCUUGUGUCCUUCCCCUUUAGGUUUUGUGUUACUCAAUUAGCCAAGCUUGCGGCUUCCAUUGUAAACAUGUACUGUCUUCAUUGAGUUGCAUAAUACAACAUGCUUGAUUAUUGACUUCCAA